CGUGUUACAGACAGCAGCAGCAGCAGCAGCAGAUGACACCCCCUCCCAUCAGCAGCAGCAGCAGCUCACAUAACUCUCCAGCGAGACUCAGCCACGGAAGCAGGAUUCACGAGCCUCCCGUGUACUGUGUGUCUGUCGGUCAUGGAUGCGCUGGGUAAGAAAGAGCGGAGAGAGCGGGAUGUGAAGGGCUUUUUGAAGAGGAACUGGAUUCUCAUAGCGACCGUCACAGCGGUGAUUCUGGGGAUCGCGCUGGGAGUGCUGGUGAGGGACUACACCUCUCUGUCCCAGCUGGAGAAGCAGUACUUUGGCUUCCCAGGAGAAAUCCUGAUGAGGAUGCUAAAGCUGGUCAUCUUGCCUCUAAUCGUCUCCAGCAUGAUAACAGGAGUGGCAGCGCUGGACUCCGAGGUGUCUGGAAGGAUCGGUCUUCGUGCGGUGGUUUAUUACCUCUCCACUACCAUCAUUGCUGUCAUUCUUGGAAUCGUUCUUGUGACGACGAUUAAACCUGGGGUGUCUCAGAGUGCUGAUAAUAUCGAGAGAGCAGGAAGCACUCCCAAUGUGUCCACCGUUGACACCUUACUGGACCUGGUUAGGAACAUGUUUCCUGAAAAUCUUGUGCAAGCCUGUUUUCAGCAGUAUAAGACGCAGCGCAAAGAGAUUGAACCAUCGAAAGCCAACAUAAGUACAAGUAACACGACUACAUUUCCACCGUUCACCACCAUUAUCUCAACAGUUGCACAGAAUUUGACCAAAGACUACAAGAUCGUAGGCUCAUAUUCAGAUGGCAUUAAUGUUCUCGGUCUGAUCGUAUUCUGUGUGACGUUCGGUCUGGUCAUCGGCAAGAUGGGAGAAAGAGGCCGGAUCCUGCUGGAGUUCUUCGAUGCUCUGAAUGAGGCCACCAUGAGACUCGUUCAGAUUAUUAUGUGUUACAUGCCUGUUGGCAUCUUGUUCCUGAUCGCUGCCAAGAUCAUGGAGGUGGACGACUGGGAGAUCUUCAGGAAGAUGGGCUUGUACAUGGUGACGGUGCUCAGCGGACUAGCCAUCCAUUCCAUCAUAUUCCUCCCCCUGAUUUACUUCGUGUUUGUGAGGAAGAAUCCAUUCACCUUCUCUCUGGGAAUGGCACAGGCUUUACUAACAGCUCUCAUGAUUUCCUCAAGCUCAGCCACUCUGCCGGUCACGUUUCGAUGCGCAGAGGAGAACAACAGGAUCGACAAGAGAAUCACUCGCUUCGUUCUUCCAGUUGGUGCGACUAUCAACAUGGACGGCACUGCACUGUAUGAAGCUGUUGCUUCUAUAUUCAUAGCUCAGCUGAACAACUAUGACCUGGACGCUGGCCAGAUUGUUACCAUUAGUAUCACGGCAACCGUCGCCAGCAUUGGUGCAGCAGGAGUUCCAAAUGCUGGACUGGUAACCAUGGUGAUAGUGCUCACAGCAGUGGGCCUUCCUGCCAGUGAUGUCACCCUCAUCAUCGCUGUCGAUUGGCUGCUCGAUCGUUUCCGUACCAUGAUCAACGUGCUGGGAGAUGCCUACGGCGCUGGAAUAGUCCAGAAGCUGUCAAAGCGAGAACUAGAGAGGAUGGAUCUGACUUCAGACGUGGACGCAGUCAACCCCUUCGCCCUGGAGACCACGAUGGACGACGACGAGUGCGAGAAGAAAUCUUACGUCAACGGUGGAUUCACUAUCGACAAAAGCGACGCUAUUUCUUUCACUGAGACCUCGCAGUUCUAGAGGUGCACGGUGCUCACUGCUGAACAUGUGACGGUGUAAAAAGGAGUUCAGAGAGGUAGGAGCCAUUCAUAAAACCAGUGCCAUGAUUAGGACGGAAAGUCAUUAGCGAGGACAUGAUUGAGCACCGACAUUAGCAAUACCACCUUCUUCCUUUAUUUUCCCAACCGUGCUCUUGAACUUACGUGUGCGCUAGACUGAGAGAAAACUGUGCUUCCAUAGUUCAUUAACAUGUUGCCAUGAAUUAUGCAAAUUGCUGUUUUCUUUUUAUUAACGGCGGUUGUUUCCUUUGGUUUUGUACUAACGAAUAGCUUUUUAGCAGUAGGCGAUUUUCGUAUUUGUGUGUUUGAGAAGGAGCUCUGUGCAAUAUCGUGCAUCGGCAGAUUAGUGUAACGUACGCAUGUUGCUAACUAGCCAAUGUUGUUAUACUCAGAAAACGCUGAUUUUAAGGUUAUCGAAUUCCGCUUUCGAAAAUUUUCUUCGCAAAUUAUGUUCACUUUUUCAAAUUCGGUAAUGUGUGAAAUGUUGCCAGUUCUGUAUUUGCACUUGCUAUCGAAAGCCAAAUGUUUAUGAGCUUUGCGUGUAUUUCAUUUCAGGUUUGUGCCAAAUUGAAUGUGUUGAUAUGAAGGGGAACAUUUUUAUUCGAACGUUGCAUGAUAAGGACUUGAUAUGGGGUACAGAAAUGGCCUUUGGAAUGAAAAUGAGAUCCUUUGUACACAAUUAUUUUGUCAUGAUACUAAAGGUGGCAAGCCUUAAUAGUUUCUUCAGCAAGCCACUAAUUCAUUAUUGUUCUGCUUUUGUUGUUGAAUCAGAGCUAUUCUGGAGAAUAUUUUGAAAAGACCACACCGAUGAUGUUGUCAGUGCCAAAUUUCUGCCAUUGAGCCAGUUUGAAUUUUAUUUGACAGUAUUUCAUUUCUUUAUACUUUGGGUUACAUCAGAAAUUAGAGAAAAUUGUCAAUGUGAAGCAUUAAUGGUCGGCGGUUCUGAAACUGAAUAAACACUGUAAAGCACACCAUUGUACAACUGUAUUUAUACAGUACAGUAGUCAAAUUAUUCACACUGUAUGAUCCAACGAGUACUGUAUGUGUAUCCACAAAAUAAUAAAGACAAAGAUGUCAACACCUGAAAAAACAUCCCUGAA